GCAGAGAGAUCAAGGGUUAGAAAAAAGGCGAAAUCUCACAUCCCUCAAAAUCACAGCCAUCCAAUUUCUCUGUUUCGCUCGCAAAUCUCCAGCUUCGCUUUCCUCCUCAUCUCACAAAUCUUCUUCCCUCUGCAAAAUCUCCGAUCGAAUCUUUUCUCAAUUCACAACCAUGAGUGACCAAGGAGAGAAGACUUGCCCACUAUGUGCUGAAGAGAUGGAUCUCACUGAUCAACAAUUGAAGCCUUGCAAAUGUGGCUAUCAGAUUUGUGUUUGGUGCUGGCAUCACAUAGUGGACAUGGCAGAGAAAGAUCAGAUAGAAGGGCGUUGCCCUGCUUGUCGCACUCCAUAUGACAAAGAAAAGAUUGUAGGAAUGACUGUUGAUUGCGACAGUCUGGCCUUUGAAACCAACAUGGAGCGCAAGAAGACUCAAAAGUCAAAAUCAAAACCUUCUGAUGGGAGAAAGCAACUCACUAGUGUCAGAGUCAUCCAGAGGAAUCUUGUUUACAUUGUCGGGUUGCCCCUUAAUCUAGCAGAUGAAGAUCUACUCUAUCACAAAGAAUAUUUCGGUCAGUAUGGAAAAGUUCUGAAGGUUUCCAUGUCCCGAACAUCAUCUGGUGCCAUCCAACUAUUCCCAAAUGAUACAUGCAGUGUAUAUAUUACUUAUGCAAAAGAGGAAGAGGCUGUCCGUUGCAUCCAGGCCGUUCAUGGGUUUAUCUUGGAUGGGAAAUCACUGAAGGCGUGUUUUGGGACAACCAAGUAUUGUCAUGCAUGGCUGAGAAAUGCGGCGUGUGUUAAUCCUGAUUGUCUCUAUCUGCACGAGGUCGGUUCACAAGAGGAUAGUUUCACAAAAGAUGAGGCCAUAUCUUCCCAUACAAGGAGUAGAGUUCAGCAAAUCACUGGAGCAACAAACAUUCUGCAGCACCGUUCAGGGAGCAUGCUACCUCCACCACUAGAUGCUUUUUGCAGUGACAGUUCUUCUGCUAAACCAAUUGCAAAAAUUCCUUCAAGUGUAAGUUCAAGUGCAGUAAGUGUUCCCAGGUAUUCUCCACCUAGUGGGAGUGGGAGCUCUAGCAGAUCCACUGCUCUUCCUGCUGCAGCGGCAUGGGGGACACAUAAUGCAAACCAGCAGUCUUUAGCAACUUCGGUUACCUCAAAUGGAUCUUCUGAUAUACAAAGAGCGACCCCAGUAAAUGGAACCUUGGCUUUCUCUGCUGUUGUUGCAAACGCAGCUCAUGGGCCUGUAUCCUCUAGUAACAUUCUUAAAAGACCAUCAGGCAAAGAAGAAAAUCAAAAAGCUGUUGACAAAAGCAAGCUUAGGGUUUUGAAGCCUUUGCAGCAUAAUGUUGUGGUUGGUUCUGGGUCCAAGAGAACCACCUCACCUGAUAGAGAUUCUCCUAGCAAUCGGUUAUCCAGUUCAACAGACUCUUCCUACGAUGGCAGAGACAUUGACAAGCCUUCAGCUGCUGUGAACUCGUCUGACGAUUCAGAGGAUGGUGUAGAAGAUGGCCCUACUGUAGGCAGCUUGCGUGUUGCUGUUACACGAGAUGGCCCUACUGUAGGCAACUUGUCUGUUGGUGUUUCACAAAUGGAGAUGACUGCAAAUUCCAGAGAUGACCGUCCUGAUAUUGCGAUUAGUAGUGAGUGUGAUCAAGAUUCUAAUAGACAAUCUGAUCAUGAAGUAUCAAAGUUGCCAGAGCUAGAGCAAUGUAAGAUGGAUAGCUCUAUAAACACUGAUGAAAAAUCUUUUCCAUCAGAGACUGGGGUUCCCUGCACAAGGCCAGAGUGGGAUUGGAGAUUAAAUUUGCAAUCCCAAAUGCCAGUCAGCUCAAAAUUGGAUGUGGAGGAUAUGUCAUCAUUUGAUAGCCAAAGGCAUCACCGUGAAGAGGAUGUUACCCACUCGCGGUUUUUGUCUAGUUCUUCCCUGCCUUCUGAAGCUUCAGGUGUAAACGGUUCAAACUUGAGAUUCCCUUCGGAUAGAGGCAGUGAUAGGUUGCAUCUUCAAAAUGGGUUUGGUGAGAAAUCCAUGUUCAAUGUGGAUCACUCUCUGUUUGCUAAUGAAGGCAGGAACAAAGUUCGCAGUGCAGAGGAUGAAAUAAUCUCAAACAUUUUGUCACUCGACUUUGAUCCAUGGGAUGAAUCCUUAACUUCACCCCACAAUUUGGCUGAGUUACUCGGUAAAAUUGAUCAGCGAUCCAGUCCUGUGAAACCUUCAAACCUCCUAAAGCAACAUAACAGCCAGUCUAGAUUUUCUUUUGCACAAGAAUCUAGUAAUCAAGCAUUUGACAGGGAGAACCAUAGCAUUUAUGGGCAGUUUUCAAGAGAGAGGCCUAUUCAAGAGUCUGUAGUGAGCCGAGAUAUUUAUCGGGGUAAUCUCGGGAAUCUAAAUGGAUUUGCUUCAAACUAUUCCGGUGGAUUAGAUAAUGUUUCUGCUAGUCCUUUAUUUUCAUCGUACAAGACUCCUGCAGUUUCACGACCUCAAGUUUCUGCUCCUCCAGGAUUCUCUGCCCCCAGCAGGUUACCUCCUCCCGGCUUCUCUUCACAUGAAAGAGUGGGCCUAUCUUCAGAUACGGCACCAGGAACUCGUUUUCUUGACUCUGCUGCCAUGUUGAGGAAUACAUAUCAAGUACAGCCUCCAGUUGGGAAUCCGAGUGGUGCGAGUGAUAUAGAGUUCGCGGAUCCUGCUAUUCUAGCGGUUGGAAGAGGGAUGGUAAAUGCAGACUUGGAUAUGAGAUCAAGUUUCUCAUCACAAAUGAAUUCUUAUGGGAACGAGACAGGACUCCAAAUGUUGAGACAUCAGUCUAUGUCUGCUGCACAACAAGUCAAUGGGUUUCAUCAUGAUCUCAGAAACUUAUCUCCUUCACUUGCAGAAACUUACGGAUUUAGCUCAAGGCUAAUGGACCAUCAGGCACAUGGAAGUAAUUUAUCUCUUUUCUCACAGCACCCAAGACAACAACCAUCUGCAAAUCCAGUCUUGUCUAAUGGUCACUGGGAUAAGUGGAAUGAAGGCCAAAGUGUAAACUCUCUUGGCAUGGCCGAGCUUCUUAGGAAUGAACGGUUGGGAUUCAAUGGGAGCCUAUACAACAACGGAUAUGAAGAACCGAAUUUUCGGAUUCCAAGUCCGGGAGAUGUGUAUAAUAGAACAUAUGGGAUGUAAUUCUGGCAUGAAGAGAGGUUUUCUGCUUUGUUGGAUUUGCUCUGGUUGGUCCCAAGUUGCUGGAAGAAUCAUCAAAAACUGCUUCCAAUGCUAUUGAGUGAAGAUGCAUGGCCCCAACAUAAUUUCACCAAGAGCAUUUUUGAACUCUAAAGGAGCUGAAGAUGUUGAUGUUUGGUUGCCUUGUUGAUGCAUGCAAGUGUCCAAGUCCACUGGUAACAGAGAUAGAAGUUGUGUCGCCGCUUCUUAUUUGUUUUUCUAUUCAAAACUGUAAUUCAAUUUAGUUCUAAGACAAAUUUUUUCUUUCUCAAACAUAAUUUUAUUCAAAAUCAUAUUGUUAUAGCAAAAACAUAUAUAAAAAGAGAAAAGAAAUCGAAAUAUUACUGUUGAGCAGUUGAACUA